CUUCCUGUCACGCAUGCGUGUACACAGAGAUGUCACAUUUGCCGUGUUGGCUAAAAAUCUGUCGGCUGAUUCUGGUUUUUAAAAAUAAUAUAAAAUAUUGAUGGUUGUCUGAAAUUUGGUGACUAGAUGAAUCACUUUGUUGAGCGAAGUAGAGAGGUUUCAGAAACAUGGUAAAUGUGAUAAUUGUGCUGUUCAGGAAGACAGAAGUAAAAUUAAUUUAAGGAAUAUUGUAUACACAGAAAUAAAGAUACACAUACCGAGAUGUCGGGUAAGAUUUCCCAGCCAAAGAAUGGAGUAUAUAUCAUCCAAGGAGAGAUGCUCCUUGUUGUCACGGCAAUGCGUCGAACCUCACGAUGGAAUACGCAUAUCCCUCAGGAAGAAGAGCAGGAUCCUUUGAUAGCAGGCUUCUCACAGCUAAAAGACUUGCUCAACUCUGUGUCAGAAUUAAAUGACAUAGAACCAAACAAUUUCCUAACUCCAUUUCUGGAUGUGAUCAGGUCUGAGGACACCACUGGACCCAUUACCGGCCUCGCACUCUCGUCAGUCAAUAAAUUUCUUUCUUAUGGACUUUUGGACCCUGGGGUAGAUGGCACUGCAGCAGGAAUUGAGAAUAUUGCUGAUGCUGUCACCCAUGCUCGCUUCGUUGGCACUGAUCCUGGGUCUGAUGAGGUUGUCUUGAUGAAGAUCUUGCAGGUUUUAAGAACACUUUUACUGACUCCUGUUGGCUGUCACCUGACCAAUGAAUCCGUUUGUGAAAUCAUGCAAUCCUGUUUUCGGAUAUGUUUUGAAAUGCGGUUAAGUGAGUUACUGCGUCGUUCAGCCGAGCAAACGCUUGUUGAUAUGGUUCAGUUACUUUUUUCAAGACUACCGCAAUUCAAAGAAGAGAAAAUUGCAGGAAUGAGAAAGCUUAAAAUGCGAGCAGGAGGAAUAGCUGAUUCAAGGCGGAAGAAAUCUAAGCAAUCUCCCAAAAACCGUCAGAAGAAGGAAAAACAGUCGACAACGAUAGCUGUCCAAGAGGAAAGAGAAUCAACUGCCACAAGUGGACAACCCUCUCCAGCAGUUAGUGACAACAACAUUGCUUCAGAGGUUGAGGAACCAGAGUCAGUGCCAGAGGACAGACAAGCAGAAGAACGAUUACAGAGUUCAGAUGGAGAAGCAGAUGGUCGUGAAGUGGUGUCGAUUGAUGACUGUGCGCCAACACCUGAUGCAGAUCCAAGUGAACAUGUUGUAUCUCUAACAGGGGGUCAAGGAAUAGAAGAUGGCAUAGAGAGGAAGAAAGAGGAAGAGGCUAAUUAUGAUUCGGAGAAGACAGAGUCUCUAGCGGAUGGUCUGGAAGAUUCUGAAUCCAUUACGGAACAUUCCGAUAGUGCUUCAGUUCAUGAUUCCGAUUAUGUAAAUCCACAUGGGGUGCGGUUUACCCCCCAACAAAAACCUAAGGAUGGAUCUGGGCCACUUAUUCCCUAUGGUCUUCCAUGUGUUAGAGAACUUUUCAGAUUUCUCAUCUCUCUUAUUAACCCAUAUGACAGACAUAAUACCGAUGUAAUGAUCCAUAUGGGGUUAAGCCUGUUGACAAUUUCAUUGGAAACAGGGUGUGAUCACAUCAGCCAUUUCUCAGUCCUUCAAGCUCUUGUUAAGGAUGACAUGUGCAGACAUCUAUUCUCACUUCUUCAGGCUGAUCGUCUUUCACUGUUUGCAUCGUCUGUACGUGUGUGUUUCCUUCUAUUUGAAUCGAUGCGAACUCACCUUAAGUUUCAACUGGAGAUGUACCUGCUUAAGCUUGUAGAUCUAAUCGUCUCCGAGUCACCUAAAAUCAUGUAUGAACAACGUGAGAUGGCGCUGGAUGCCAUUGUGCAGUUAUGGAGGAUUCCAUCUCUUGUAGCUGAGUUGUAUUUAAAUUAUGACUGUGAUAUUUAUUGUACAAAUCUAUUUGAAGAUCUUACCAAGUUGCUUUCAAAGAAUGCGUUCCCUGUGUCAGGGUCAUUGUACACGACACAUCUGCUAUCCCUUGAUGCAUUGCUGGCGGUCAUUGAUGCCAUCGAGGCCAACUGUCAUCAUAGGAUACUAAGCACCAUUGCAGCACAAAGCACGGAACGGAUCGCUGCUGAGUCAGGGAUUGAAAUCCAAGUACAGGACAUGUCUACCAAACAAGAAGGUAAACAUUUAACACGUCCAGCAUGCAACGGCUACAUUUUAAAUAGCAACCAUCGUCCGUUUGCUAACAAUGAUGCUGCAUUCACCCUGGCUUAUGCUGUCAUAAUGCUCAACGUCGACCAACAUAACCACAAUGCAAAGAAACAGAAUAUACCCAUGACAAUUGCUGAAUUCAAGAAGAACCUAAACAAAGUGAAUGGAGGUGAAGACUUCGAGCAAUCAAUGUUAGAGGAAGUUUACUCUGCUAUCAGGAAUGAGGAGAUUGUGAUGCCAGCUGAACAGACUGGUCUAGUACGUGAGAACUAUAUAUGGCGAUGUUUAUUGAAGCGGGGCACCACCCCAGAUGGUAUCUUCCUCCAUACACCAGCAGCCGCUAUGGACAAGGAGCUGUUUUUGUUAACUUGGGGGCCUACUGUCGCAGCCUUGUCUUUUGUGUUUGAUAAAAGCUCAGAUGAAACUAUAACACAAAAAGCAAUCUCAGGAUUCAGGAAAUGUGCAAUGAUUUCAGCCCACUAUGGUCUGAGUGAUGUGUUUGAUAAUCUGGCCAUAUCCCUCUGCAAGUUCACAACGUUGAUGAGCUCAGGAGAGUCUCCAGAGACGCUACCAAUCGUGUUUGGAUCGAACAUGAAAGCGCAGUUAGCAGCUAAAACCAUGUUUGGAUUGGCUCAUCGGCAUGGGGAUAUCUUAGGAGAGGGGUGGAAAAACAUACUUGAUUGCAUGUUGCAGCUUUUCAAAGCCAAACUGCUGCCAUCAGAGUUGGUGGAAGUUGAAGACUUUGUUGCAUCUAGUGGAAGUAUAUCACUGCUAAAGCGGGAGGAGAUGCCAUCACAAAAGUCAGACUCAUCCCUGCUUAGUUCUUUUGUAUACUACUUCACUGCUAACACUGAGACCUCAACUCAACGUGGGCCAACUCCAGAGGAUCAAGAGGCUAUCCACGUAGCAAGGAACUGUAUAGAGGACUGCCACCCUGAGCACCUGUUAACAGAAAGUAAAUUCCUGCGCAUUGAUUCACUGCAAGACUUACUCAAAGCUCUGAUAUUUGCAUCACAAGGACCCCAAGCUGCCGAGAGUCUUGGAACCCCAUUUGAUGAGGAAGCUGCUGUAUUCAACCUUGAGCUUUUGAUUAGAGUUGUCUUUGAAAACAGAGAUCGUGUAAGCUCUUUGUGGCAGUCUGUAAGGGACCAUCUGUACAGCCUGAUAGUGAGUUCCUCAGAGCAUGGUUUCCUUGUUGAGAGAGCGGUAGUAGGCCUGCUACGACUAGCAAUACGUAUGUUACGACGGGAAGAAAUAUCAGGACAGGUAAUCGCAUCAUUACGGAUGCUAUUCAUGAUGCGUCCCAGCAUCCUUCACAAACAGUGUCGUCAGAUAUCUCAUGCACUGUAUGAACUGUUACGUACUAAUGCAGCCAAUAUCCACACACCAAUGGAUUGGUAUACUCUAUUCACGUUACUAGAAUGUGUUGGUGCUGGGUCAGUACCGCCCCCUAUGAAACAAGUGUCUAUUGGGACUGAGUCGGAUGACUGCACGAGUCUAUGUGGGGAUGCAGAUGCUCAAUCGGACAGUGAGCUGUCGGUCAGUAGUCAAGUGACCACAGUGUCUGAUCAUGGCUACACGUCUGACACCGAACUCUACAACACACAAAAACCGAAGCGUAGCAGCAGUGAAGGAGAUGUACGCGAUAUUGGACGAGGCGGGUGGCUAGUGGUGAAGAAAGACACAGAUGAAAAGAAACAGCCUCACAAUCAAUAUGAAAUAUCCUUGAAUGUUGAACUCCGUCACCACGACACCAGGUCGCUUUUAAAAUGCUGCGAGAUUCUAGCAUUUCUUGUACGUGACGCUGCUCACGUCACACCAGAUAAUUUUGAAUCGUGUGUGCACUGCAUCAGGACUUUUGUAGAAGCAACCGUUAAUGGAGUUUGUUAUUUUCAGCUUUUGGACUUAAUGCAUACAUUGCAUACCAAAGCAGCUACCAUCUUCAACUCAUGGGCAGAGGAACAGCACAAGUCAGGGGAGCUUCAUACUGUUGAUGCUGGUGCUAGUGCAUUGUGGGUAAAAUGCUGGUGUCCUUUGUUGCAAGGUAUAGCUCGCUUGUGCUGUGAUACUAGGCGUCAGGUGAGAAUGCAAGCCUUCUCUUACUUGCAAAGAGCUUUGUUGGUUCAUGAUCUGCAGACGCUCUCUGCUACAGAAUGGGAAUCAAGUUUCAACAUCGUCCUUUUCCCACUCCUUGCAAAACUUCUCACCAACAUCAACAGUCAGGACCCAGUAGGUGUGGAGGAAACUAGAAUGAGGGCAGCUACUCUUCUCUGUAAAGUAUUCCUUCAGCAUUUAUCGCCGCUCCUGUCACUGUCCACUUUUACUGCCCUCUGGCUGACUAUCUUGGACUUCAUGGACAAAUAUAUGCAUGCUGACAAAAGUGAUUUGCUGUUUGAGGCCAUCCCUGAGUCAUUAAAAAACAUGUUGCUAGUGAUGCAUACUGCAGGGAUUCUUAGCAACGAUGGUCAUGAUCAGGGCGAGGAAUCGCAGCUGUGGCUCAUCACGUGGGAAAGGAUAGAUUGCUUCUUGCCACAACUGAAAAAUGAACUGUUUAGGCCAAGGGAAAUACCAAAGCCAAAGGUAGAAGCUGUGAACACUGCAGAUGCUCCAAAACAGGAUAGCAGCAUACCUCGUGAUGGCGCUCCACCUGUAAAAGAUCCAGAACAACAGAAAACAAAUGGUGCUGUUGAGAGUCCAGGAGUUCGAUCUGCAAGUCCAGCCCAGACCAACAUCAUCCUUCAGCCGCCGUUACCAUCAGCCGUUCCAGUUGGACACAGUAAGCAUGGUGCUUCGGUACCCAUACUGCUAAACCCGCAUAUACUACAAGCUGAAGGCAUUCAAGGCCUACCUAUACUGAGCGUGUCUGUGGGGGAGACUGCCACCACCAACAGCUCAUGAGGCUAAAUGAUGGCUUGUCUUUAGCUGUUAUACAAGGCCAGUUCCACAGUGUUGCCUUAUGUCGAAUCGGUGUUGAGAGUGAUAUAGUAAAUGUCAUGGCUAUUAAUGUUUGGAAGGCUGUACACAGAAUUGAUUGUAUUACAUUGUUAUCAGCACAUCUGUAGGAUGGCUGAAUGUGGCAUUGACGAGGCUAUUUUUGCGCAUGUGUGAUUGGGGUGUGAUUGUAUUUAUGUGAACAUCAGAGAUAUAUUCAUCUAUUAGAUAAGAAUUUAUUUUAAUUCUAAAAUAUUUGUCUUAAAGAGAGAUAUUGAUUAAUUUAAUGUAAUUGGUUUGGAUGGUGUCCUGAGGUAUCUCUAGCCACCCGUAGUGAAGUGAUAAUAUAAAUAAAUGUAGUACCUCUUCUACUUCAACUCUAUUUGUGAAACAUAUUUGUGAUAUACUGUAUGUGCAAUUAAAUGUAGUAUCAUUUCACAGGAACAAAAAGAGUUUGUAUCUUGUAUGUGUUCCUUAUUGAUUGGUGUUCAUGACUACCCUAUCAUUAUACAAUAGAUGAUGUAACUGAUGCAUUGCACAAAAUGGCUGAUAAAGUGAAGGUCUGUGUCCAUUGGCUUAUCUAAUGAGGUGUAGAAGAGAGGGUUUGGGGUGUGGCAAACUUACCAAAUUCUUGCUGAGUAAAGGUAUUACUGUUAACACAUAUCACCUCAUUUUCAAAGCAUCUAUAACAUACAUAACCCCCAAAUCAUCUUCCCUGUGGUUUUUCUUUUAGAUAUGCUACCAUGUGUCUCUGAAAGGUGUAAUGUCUGUGUUAAUGUAUAUUUGGAAUAGAUUGCUUUUUAUAUUUAAGUUAGAAAAUAUAAACUUAGAACAAAAUUUUCUUUGCUAAUUAAUUAUUCCUAUAAUCUUUGCAUUGAUCCUUAAGAAGGCUUUGCACUUAGGAAACUAAAUUAUUUUAUCCUUUAAUGUAAUUGCUGAAAGAUAGAGUGUGAUUUCAGAUUCUAUGACACCAUCCAUGUGACAGGCAUUUGUCUGCUGUAAUAACAAGUCUCAUGUUAGCGACUUCCCAUCUAGCUAAAUGGAAUGCCUGUGUGAGUGUCAAUGUAUAAACUUAUGUUGAAUACUUGGAGUAAAGGUAAAUGCAAAGUUGUAGUACAAAUUUGUUGAACUGAAAUGAAUAUA